CUCAUACAUCAGUUCGCGUCCAUGCCUUCAAUCACUAGCAGAAAUUCGUUUCACCUAAUUAAGUUUAUCAAACAAAAUAGUGAUAACUUAGCAACGAUACGUUGAGGUGAGUCAAUUUCCCUUGACUUGCCUGGGCUUAGAGUCAAACAAAAUGGAUCGCUGAAAGGAGAUGGUUGUGUCUGGGUCACCGUCAAUGAUGACCGGGAAAAGGCAUACAUAUCCAGUUGUGGAUGACACCCAAAAAGCUUCUUGCACUAAAUUCUCGUCAUCAGUUUGAGAGCUCGCUCGCAUUGGUUUUGAACCAAAUCGACGAGAAAGAAUUUGAGGAAAGGCGAAUAGUGUUUGAAAGGAAAGCCCAGAAGCUUAACGUUGAAUACGUAGGACAUGUAGUCGAGGCUGACGAAGGAAGGAAAGAGGGAUGAGGUAACGGACGCAUUGGCCGAAUUUCCUUGCGGCUGUUGAUAAAUUCUUCUUUGCAGGGUACAAGGAUUCCGACGUUUGGAACAAAUUCUCGUGUACGCACCGCGGCCACCUUGAACCACGGGCCGCCAUUUUUCUUCUCAUCCUCGAACUGCAUCCAUCAGCGCCAGCCAUCGCUGUCGUUUCUUGUGCUGCUUUCGUGUCGGAGAGAUCCGUGCGACAUGACGACGUCCUGCGGACCGAUUGACGGGAUCCCGCCCCUUCUUGUGGCCCGAAUGCGCAAUCACAGCGGCCCCCUCUCCCUCUGUAGGAAAGCCCACUGCGAGGAGAUGCAGUUUGUAAAUUAAAGACGGAGGCGGAGGAAGGAAGUGAGGGAGGGGAGGGAAAGGGAAGGGACGGAUCGUCCGCAAGGCAUUGUUUUGGGAAUACGACAUACUUGCUUCCGCGGUGCUUUUUCAGCGCUAGCUGCAUCGCCUGCGGGGCGGGCGUGGGACCGGAUGUCAAUGAGAUGCAUGCGAUGCGGUCGUUGAGCGAGUGAAAGCGUCCGGGGAAGGGAAGAGAUUCUUGCACGAGAGUGAAGAGUGAAUGAGCCAGAGAGAGAGAGAGAGGAGAGAAAUUCCUGGCCUUGUGGUUAGGGUAUGUGAGAGCCUGUCAGCUGAAUCUGCGUCCGCGUGGAGAAGGGCUCCUGGGGCCGCACAGCUCCGGGUGUCUGUUUGUUGGAGGGCGGGGAGGUGGUUUUGCGUCAGCUGUAACAGCGUGGGCAUUAGUCUGGGGGCUGGCUUGUGUGGUGACCUACAAUUACUGCGGGUUACUUUUCCGCCUACGUCAUUCGUCGAUUAGACCGGAGUCGGGUCUGGUGGUUCUUUGAAUUGGAUUGUUGUGGGUACUUCGGCAAUGGGGUAGCAAGCUUGACACCGAUUGUGCUUGUCCGGCCGGUUGUGUAAUUCUUGCCCUUUGAAGGUCCGUGGAAAAUCGGAGGGACGGGUUUUUCCGAGAGUAGUAAUUGACCUAUUUAUAACUCGUGCCUUGGCGAUAAUUGGACUCCUUCGCGCCUCGGACAAUGCGUGGUGGCGUGCUUGGCACACGCGACGGGCGACACUGGAGCUGCUAGGGGAUUGAGCAAUUCAAUUUUUAUGCUGGGUUCAAAAUACGGAAUUGGAUCAUGGGGCCAUGAAUGGUUGCCCGCUUCAGACCUUCAUGCGGCUUGUGAUCAAGUAUUGUGAGAGGCGUCUUGUGUACCGAUCAGGUGCGGAAUUUGAGCUGCACCAAUGGUACCCGUGAGGUUUAGCAAAGUUCCAAGUCGAAACUUCACCUGGUUGGAUAUAUAUUUUUGAUUCAGUUCGAUUGGCGAUCUCAAUACCUCAUCAUGGACGCGCAACUGGUGAAUUGGGGUGUGCUUGACGCGCUUGUUUUGGAUUACGCCGAGGAGGAGCAGUUAGUUGAAUGUGAGGGCUUUGAAGCCUCGCCUCAAGUGGCUCCUCGUCGCUUAGUUGAGUUGGUCAGGGCUUUGAUAGAGACUGGCCGUAUUGCCGAGGCUCUGGAGGUAAUUAACGAGUCAGCGCAGGCUCUAUUGGAAGACCCUCAUCUUCUCUUUCGUCUCCAAAAGCAGAGGUUUUUAGAGCUGCUUCGAGGCGGUGAGCCAAACCAGCAACAGCAAGCCAUCAUGUGUUCACGCACGACCUUAGGGCCAUGUGCUCUAAACGCGUAUCCAGAGGCCUAUGAGGAGUUUAAGAGAGUGCUUUUAGCUCUCAUGUAUGACAAAGAUGAUCCUUCUUCACCUGUCGCUGACGAGUGGUCAGAAGUAAGGAGAGCGGAGCUGGCUGCAAUUGUUGCGUCCACGCUGAAGGCUCAGCAACAUGCUUACGACCCGCUCUUUUCAUUGACUCUACGGUACUUGAUAAGCGUACAAAACGCCUACUGUCAACAGCAAGCGAUUGUUUCCCCGAUUGCUGAGAUUGCUUCUUCUCUCCUUUCUAAGGAUAGAGACCCUCCAGCAGCACCUCGAGAAAGUCUUCUAGAAGCUCCUAAUUUUAGCGAGGCCGAUGUACAGGCACUUGCACAGGCUGUUGAUCUGCCGAGGCAAGGAGCUGUGAACAGCCUCAGAUAUACCGGUGGUGACUUGACAUCUGCCUUCAAGAACGAAUUGAGCAGGAUGAGGCUGACUACUUCUCUUGUGGAUGAACUUGUUCGCGAAUAUUGUUUGUAUAGAGGUUUGAUCGAAAGAGGAACUAAUGCACCUAGUGACAGUAGAUCAUCAAGUGAUGCAGUCGCAGCUGAGCUUACGAGUGUUCUGGCUCUUGAUGUUGUCAACCGGAUGAAGUCAUGCACGGAAAUGAAGGUCUCUCCAAGCGAACAAUCAGAAGACACUGUGAUUUCCGAAGCAAAAGAAGACCCGGUUGGAAAUUUGGUGGCUUCUUCGGAUAACGGGGAACGUCACGUUGAGAUGGAGGAGGCCACUUUUAUGGUAGAACCUUCUGUAAAAAACAAAAUACAAUUGAAUGCUACCGAGAGUACUCUUGAGAAUCCUCAGAGUAGUGAAGUUGCCGAGGAUGUCGUGAUGCAAGACUGCGAUGAUGAUCCUUUGAUUUAUCGCUCUCUGAUGAUUUAUCGUCCUCAAAACGGAGAGAUGCUCAGGGAGGAUGGGCGGUUUGGCAGCAGUGGGGGAUGUAGUACAAGUGGUAUAUCGCAGUCUGGUAGUAAUGGUGCGCACAGUGCAGGACUUAGAAUGGGAAUUGGGAAGGAGAUCUCGGGUUUGCCUUCGACAGGUCGGCGGCGAUGGAGGGGGAGGAAACAAUUGAUUCUUUCAGGUUUCACGAAUGGGUCCUGGGUCACGGCAAAAUAUCAGCAACUUUCAAGUCUCGAGCUGUCGCAAUUAACGAAUCUGGCCGAAUUACAGGACAUGAAAACUGACACUUCAAACAAGCCGGAGUCACAAGACGACGUUGUCGAAACAUACGGCCGAGCACUUGGAAUACGCCAGUUGGCAAUUGAAGGGAAGAUUGAUGCCGUUAUUCAAGAAGUUCAGCGGCUACACCCGGAUUUUUUCGAACAUAAUCAACAUUUGCUUUUCCAGCUGAAACAGGUAGAGUUUCUACAGCUGGUGGAAGGUGGACAUUUCACCGACGCCCUCCGAGUCGCCCGUGCGGACCUUGGGCCACUCGCUGCCAAGUAUCACGAGUUGCUGAAACCUUUGAAGGAAACUCUGCUGGCUUUAGCGCGGCCGAAGGGGGAAAUUUCACUAAAGCCCACACCACCUUCUGUUUUGGCAGCUGCUCUUCAGGUUGCGUUGGGUGCAAGUCUAGGAAUCGCGGAGCCAAAGUUGAUGAAAAUUCUGCGAAACUGCUUGUACAUGCACACGGAGUGGUUUAAACUGCAAAUGUGCUCUGACCCAUUUGGAGAACUUUUAUCGAUAAAUACUCUGAAAGAGACGAACUCAAAUGCCUCUGCAUCCACCCGCGGUGACUCAAAACUGGGUUCUGGAGGUGGAUCUGGUGAGCAUGCCGUGAUUGACCUGAGCAGCACCAGAACAGGAGACGGAGGUGGUAGUCAGCAGUCGGAGUCUUCCAGAGAGGGACCCCUUUUUGACGAGAUGUCCAUAUUGACUAUAAUGGAAUGGAUGGCCCUCUCAAGGGGGGAUGCAAUACAGCUGCUUACUCAAUACGAUGGAAGUGUAGAUAGUGUGUUAGCCAAUUUGAUAUAAAGGUGUUGAGAGGAGAGUGUACAUGAAAACUGUCACAGCUUGAGUUGCCGGUCCAGAGCGGGCCGCUUCCUUGUAUUUAGCUAUAUUUUCAGUGAAUCCUUCUUCAACGCAGGUACUUUAGAUGUCAGCGCUUAUCGUGGUCCUGCUUUCUCCCUUUCAAGGUGAAAUUGUCAUGCCGGUUUUGUAUGAUUCGCCUGCCGUUCUCUGUGGUGUUAAAGCUGAGAAUUCAUGUUCUGUUUUAGGAGGCAAACCUGUGAGUAGAGAGGCCUCUGUGCAGCAACACAAAUCUGCCUCAGCAGAAGUUUCGCUCUGAAAGCUUGAUCUGUGUACAUAUUGAUUCUGCCACGAGAUAGAGCUUCGAAGCUAAGAAGAAAAAUAAUGACA